AAGAAAAAUUUACAUUAAGAUUUUUUUUUAAAAAGCAUAGCGAUUCAAUCAUUAGCAACUAAUGUUUCUCCAUAAUUAUAUUCAAUUUCCAGAGGAAAAAGCGUGAAGCUUCGUGCAUCACGACUGGUAAUUCAGGAUCGACCGGAAACGAACAAUGCGAAAGUAUCGAGAAUAACGAUACUUUCAUCCUAGUCGAGUCUACGUACUACUCUUGAACUUUGGUCAUCGAUAAUCCAGUUUGAACUUUUUAAGGAAGAGUAAUAGUGGUUGUCUAUAUAUAUACUACAUUAACCACAACCGUUGUUACGUAUCAAAGAACCACGGACAUGUCCCAUAGUGGUUGACGAUGAAGACCAGACUUGGCCACAUUAUAAAGGAAACGUUAUCUAGCUAUAAGAUGCACACGAGAUGGAGCAAAUAUUAAUUUUGCAUUCCAUGUAUUCAUUGACACAAUAUUCAAACUAUUUUUUCCCUCAUUGUUCGAUAGUUACUACGUACGCAUAUAUUAAUUAUCGAUGUAAAUUACCUCCUCAUUCAUCAUGCAUCAUUAUCACAAUUGUUUUAAAUUCAUGCUCAAAAUCGCAAGAAAAUCUAUCCACUAUUGUAGUUUAACGUAUAUAUAUUCAGUAACAAGAUAAUAUUUUCCAUCAAAAGUAUCCGAUCUCCUGCAUUAAAUCACCAAUCCAAUAGUAAUGGUUAAUUUUAAACCUGUUUCACUUAAAAAAUGUUAUAUUCGGUUAGCUCAGUAAUUAACUAAAGUGCCGUGUCACGUAUACGCAACAUCGGGCGUGAAAGGGUUGAAAGACCACCUUGACGUUCCACAUAUGAAAUCUCGAAACGUCUCUGCUCGACUGGCAUCAUUACUCGGACGAGUGGCGUCGCCGUCUCGUUUACAGAAUUCCGCGCGCGCGCUGACAAAAGAUCUUUCGUUUCGUCGAGUUCUCGCGUUUCGCCUCCCGUGUACCCGUUUUUAAUUUAGUCUACCUCGAAUUGCUGACCACCGCUGACUACGCCGUCUAACCAAUAGGCCGGCGUCAUAUCCAGUAUUAUCCAACGUGUAGCCACGACGUGUAGCCGGAGCCGGCUCAGUCGUGUGAUAAACGCGGAGGCACCUGGGUAGGCUCUGCCGCGUCUGCACAUCCGUCGACCGCCUCAGUGAAUCGUCCUCGAACAAUGGAUCCGUGAACCCCGUGAAACGGAACCGCGGACAGCUGAUCAAUUGACCGUGUUGCUUAACCAUAGUGUUUCGAAAACUAUUGUGUCGAUCGAUCGUCGUGUUUUUGUUUCCUUCGAAUCCUGAUCACCGUGAGAUCCAGUGGAAAUUGGAAUAUUGGAUAUUUGGUACCAUUCAGGAAGUUGAGAAAGGUAUCAACUUGGUGGAAGAAUUAUCAUAAGAGAAUGAGCCUUCGUUGGAUUCACGAGAACUUGGAGGCACCGACAUGCGACGAGGAAUGCAGCGACAUCGAUGACAGUUGUAGCGACGAUAGCUACGAUUCCGAUCUAUCGAUCGGCGAGGAGAAAGGGCCGGGUAGCGAAAAGGAGAUCAAUGGGGAUCGUAGGAGGAAAAGGGAGACCAGGAGGCAUCCGACCACUACAGUGAAGUUCGACGAGAACGGAACUUCGCAUUACAUCACGUCGGAAUCGGUUAAACGCUCGCCUUGCGUAAUAUGGGAUCCUAGGAAACCGGCACAAAAUCCUGUGUACAAUUGUUUGGUAAUCAAAUUGUUCUGUCGAACCGGAUAUCAUCUCGGUGUGUCGGAGUCCGGUCGUGUUCGAGGCUUGAGUGCUACGAAUGAACCACAUGCUUUGCUUCAUAUUAUACCGGUGUCGUUUGGAGUGGUACGAAUACAAAAUAUCGAGACUAGUCUUUAUCUGGCUUUCAACAAGAAAGGUCGUUUGUAUGGAGAGUUAAAUGGAAAUAAAGAUAAUACUGAAUGGGAACAAUGGAACGUUGGUUCUUACGAUGCUUUUCGAUCGCGAAAGUAUGCGAAUUAUGGAUGGUGGAUAGGAAUAAAGAAGAAUGGUCGUGCGAAACCAGGACCAAGAACUAGUUGGGGCCAAAAAUCGAUACAAUUUUUAGCUAUACGACAAGAAUAAUUUCUAUGAACAUUUUAUAUAUAUUUACAAUAAAUUAUAUAGAGAUGGUUAUUUGAAUUAUUGACGAAAGAAAAUAAAAAAAAUAAAAAUUUAAAUUUAAAUGAAAUAA